CACACCGGGGCGGUGCCGGUGAGAGGCGGGUGACGCAGCGGCCUCGCUGCCAUUUUAAGUUGUUUGUUCUCGCUUCUUUCUCAAACGCGACUCUGCCCCGGACCCGGGAGGCGCCCGAGGCCGUCGCCGCUUCUGCAGCCACCGGUGGGGGGGGAACGAGGCAAUACCGCCGCGGACGCUCACCAACAGCUUCGGCUUUUCCCCCCUCCGGGUCUCCGCGACUUUUUCUGAGAGCCGGAAUCCGACUGUAGGGGGAAGAAAGACUCAAGAGCAGAUGCUUGAACUGAAAUAACUUUAUUUUGGGGGGUUACUUCGCUGACCCUUAGCGCAGGGCUUCCUUUCCCUUCCCCCUCCUCCGCCAGUACCAAUCCAACUCCCCAUCUUUCUCCUCGUUUUUCCUCUUUUUCUUUUUCUCUCCCUGUCGCCGCUGUCUCCGCGUCCUUCCCCUCCGUCGCCGCCCAGGGCGCCGAGCCAGACUAUGGGUCCCAGGUGGGGGCUGAGCGGCGGCAGCAGCGCGGGCGGUCCAGUCACAGUGCGCAUUGCAGCGGGGAUGGAGGGGCUCAGUUGGCUGGUGGUUUUCUCUUGACAUGGCUCCUGCCCGUGCUACGAGCAGCGCCGCCGCCGCCUCUUCCGCCGCCGCCACCGCUCCGCCCGCAGGCUGCGGCUAGAGGGCCCAAACCCCGCCCGAGAGUCGGUCCGUGAGUCCCGGGCUUUGCGGGGACAGGGAGGGGAUUUCCCCGUCACCCACCCCGCCCUAACUGCCUCAAUUCCACCCCCUGCCCCUCGGGAAACAAACUAACGACCCCACCCUAAACAAUCCAAACUCUGGAAACAUGGUCUGUUCAACGUGAGAGAGCUAAUCCGGGAACUUAAUUUUUUGGGGGGAGGGUGGGUGGGCUUACUUUAGAAGUAAUAUUAACACAAUUAUUUUCUUUUUUCCCCACUGAACCUUCCCAUUUACCCUCUCCCGCCUACUCCACCCGGGCGGGAAUUGUUUCCAUGAUGAAAUGAGUGAAAACCCGAGUGAUCCUGUGUCUCCCGUGGUGCGAAAGAAAAAGUCAGCACUUUUUGAAGUGUCUGAGGUUAUACCAGUCAUGACAAAUAAUUAUGAAGAAAAUAUCCUGAAAGGUGUGCGAGAUUCCAGCUAUUCCUUGGAAAGUUCCCUGGAGCUUUUACAGAAGGAUGUGGUACAGCUCCAUGCUCCUCGAUAUCAGUCUAUGAGAAGGGAUGUAAUUGGCUGUACUCAGGAGAUGGAUUUCAUUCUUUGGCCUCGGAAUGAUAUUGAAAAAAUUGUCUGUCUCCUGUUUUCUAGGUGGAAGGAAUCUGAUGAGCCUUUUAGGCCUGUUCAGGCCAAAUUUGAGUUUCAUCACGGUGACUAUGAAAAACAGUUUCUGCAUGUACUGAGCCGCAAGGACAAGACUGGAAUCGUUGUCAACAAUCCUAACCAGUCAGUGUUUCUCUUCAUUGACAGACAGCACUUGCAGACUCCAAAAAACAAAGCUACAAUCUUCAAGUUAUGCAGCAUCUGCCUCUACCUGCCACAGGAACAGCUCACCCACUGGGCAGUUGGCACCAUAGAGGAUCACCUCCGUCCUUAUAUGCCAGAGUAGAGUACUGACCAGCAAAAUGGAGAAGAUCAGAGAAUGCAGCAGCAAUGUUUUUUCUUGUUUUCUUACCACUUUAUUCUUUCAGAGUUUAAAGAAAAUGGACUCAUGCACAGAACACUAUGCAUUUUGAAACUCGUUCAUCCUGGAUUUUUUUAAAUCAUUUUUAUCUCAGAACUUAAAAAAAAUUAGAUGUCGUGCACAGACUGUGUGAAAGAAGAUGCUUUGCAUAUUUGCUGCACUGCAUCAGUAUCUUACUAAAAAUGUGAAAUGAAAGGACUAUUGUACACUGAAAUGCUUAAAUGUAUCUGAAAGCACAAGGUGAUACUCAUUUUUAUGGUCUUCCCAUUUGUGCUGGUAUUUGCCUCUUUUACAUCUGUCAUCAGUAUUUAGAGGGUGAGAAGUGAAUGUAACAGGUAUAAAUAACAUUUUUUAAAACAAUAGCUUUGCUAUAAUCACAGUUGUUCCAGAGCACUGUCAGAUUCAUUCUAAUGACCAGAACUGGUUGUUUAAAAAAGAAAAUACAACCAUGGGAAAGAAAUCUUAAAUGAAAAACGCAUCUCAUUGUAGGCAUUCUUGCCUCAUAUUUUACUGGGCCAUGUUUGUUUCCUGGUACUCAUGUAUUUUUUUUUUCCAGAUCUCUUUCCCCAAGUUGCUAUUGUAGGAGUAUUCUGCGUGUGGAUGCAGUUAUACUCAUUAAAGCAGAUCUGGAGUCUGAAGUAGCUAUAAAGCAGCUAUAAAACUGAGAAAUACAUUCAUAGCUGCAGAAACCAUGAUAGGUAGAGGACUUUGUUUUGUUUUUUGGUUUUACAGAGAAGAGAUUUUUAUUACAAAGAAAAAAAUUCCAGUGAAUUGUGCAGAAAUGCUGGUUUCUACACCAUCCUAAAGAAAAACUAAAGGGUAUUUUGGAGUAGAAAAAGGUUAUAAAGUUGGAAUCUUAAAUUGUAAAAUUAACCAGAGUGUCAAAGUUCUAAAAGCAGAACUCAUUUUGUGCAAUGAACAUAAGGAAAGACUACUGUAUAGGUGUUUUUUUGUUUUGUUUUGUUUUUAAAUGAAGAGCUUUGCUUAAGGGUUGCAUACUUUUAUUGGAGUAAAUCUGAAUGAUCCUACUCCUUUGGAGUAAAACUAGUGCUUACCAGUUUCCAAUUGUAUUUAGCUUCUGGUUGGAAUUUGGAAAAACAAACAAACAACAAAAAAAGAAAACCUAAAUAAAAUAGGUGAAAGUUCCCUGACUGUUCAGGUGAAUACACAAA